AUGUCUACCGAACUAUCAGAUUUAUUGCAUAAUGAAUAUGACGAAGUUCUUAAUUCAUGUGAAUUUUCAGAUAUAGAAAUCAUGAUUGGUGAAGAUCCCGAUACAAAGGUUUAUAAAGCACACUCGCUGAUUUUAAAAAUACGUUCACCUUAUUUCCGUACUACUUUAACAAACGAUUCGGAAAGAACAGAUGAUAAUAACGUUAUUAAAUUGCAAAAAUCGAAUAUUACUGUUGAAGUGUUCGAUAUUCUUAUAAAGUACAUGUAUAGCAGUUUUAUUGACCUUUACCGCAACGAUAUUAAAACAAAUGUUGCGCUUUUAAUUGCUGCUGAUGAAUUAUGUCUUAACGGUCUAUGCAAUUUUAUUGAAGAGCAUCUUCUUAGUGACGAAAUAUUGUUAAAACAAAAUUUUAUUCUCAUUCAAAGUGUUGCAAGCAAAUAUCAUCAGUUUAAUAAAUUGGUUCAAUUUUGUGAUGUUAAUUUUGAACUAGACCCCUCUUUAAUCUUUAUGGCAGAAGAUUUCACGGAAAUCAAGCAAGAAAUCCUCCUCGAUGUUAUAGAGAAAAAUAAUCAUGCUGAGAGUCCUAUCGAAAUUUGGGAUAGAUUAUUCGAAUGGUGUGUCGCACAAUCUAACGAUGAAUUAUCAUUAGAUGUUACAAAAUGGACGCAAAAUGAAACAUCAAUUUUCAGAUCAAUAGUUCAACCAUUCUUACCUCAUCAAUGUUAA